AUGGUGAAAACCAAAAAUGCCAAUCAGCCUUUUCGGCCUCCCCCUCCUCCGGCGUCUUCCCAGUCAAUGUCUGUGGCCAUUGUUCCCGUUCAGCUGUCGCCUCCUUCACCCACGGCUUCGCCUCCAGUACGGUCACCCUCACCGUCGUCCUCGUCCACCACGGGUUCGCCUCCUUCAUCCAAAGGUAUGAGCUCUCCACCUAGUUCCUUUCCUAAACGUUUUACUAGGUCGUCUCUUGCCUCGUCCAGUCCAUCCACCCAACUGUCCUCACCCAAUCCCUCCAAACCCUCCACAUCCAAACCCACCCCAUCGUCGAAAAGAAAAACACCUCUGUCUUCACCAAAGUCUCCGCCUAAGCGACCAAAAAAAACUUCUAGGGCUCCAGCUGCCUCCUCUGUCCCUCCAACCAAUACCACUCUAUACCAUAGUCAGCCUACCCAUCCUUUUUGCUCGGACCAUAAACUAAUGCGUUAUAGGGAUGAGGUUUCUCAGAGAAAAUUGUGGUUUGAAUAUAAUGUUGCUAUUGAUGAUUUUCCCCUCCAUAAAGCCUUAAUAGAAUCUCGGGGGUGGCUCAACACUGUUACCAAUCUCAAACCACCUUGUCCAACACUUGUCCGUGAGUUCUAUGCCAAUAUUGAUAAAAGGAUCAUUAGUGAAAAGAGUGCUCUCAAGUACUGA